AUGAUUCGUCUCGCUUACCCCCGUAUAUUUACCCUUAUAUUCGUCCAUAUACCCAGGUCACGUUGUCUGCCUCUGCCUACCCCCGUCGCUUCGUCUCCCUCUGUCUACCUUCUUCGCUUCGUCUCCCUCUGUCUACCUUCUUCGCUUUGUCUCCCUCUGUCCACCUACUUCGCUUUGUCUCCCUCUGUCCACCUUCUUCGCUUUGUCUCCCUCUGUCCACCUUCUUCGCUUUGUCUCCCUCUGUCCACCUACUUCGCUUUGUCUCCCUCUGUCCACCUUCUUCGCUUUGUCUCCCUCUGUCCACCUUCUUCGCUUUGUCUCCCUCUGUCCACCUACUUCGCUUUGUCUCCCUCUGUCCACCUUCUUCGCUUUGUCUCCCUCUGUCCACCUUCUUCGCUUUGUCUCACUCUGUCUACUUUCUUCGCUUCGUCUCCUUCUAUCUACCUUCUUCGCUUCGUAUGCCUCUGUCUACCUUCUUCGCUCUCUCUCCCUCAGUCUACCCGCGUCGUUUCGUCUCCCUCUCUCUACCCGCAUCCCUUUCUCUCCCUCUGUCUACCCACGUCGUUUCGUCUCCCUCUGUCUACUUUCUUCGCUUCUUCUCCCUCUGUCUGCCCUCUUCGCUUCGUCUCCCUCUGUCUAUCUUCUUCGCUUUUUCUCCUUCUAUCUGCCCUCUUCGCUUCGUCUCCCUCUGUCUAUCUUCCUCGCUUCGUCUCCCUCAGUCUACCCUCUUCGCUUCGUCUCCCGCUGUCUACCCUCUUCGCUUCGUCACCCUCUGUCCACCUUCAUCGCUUCGUCACCCUCUAUUCAACCUCCUCACAUCGUCUACCUCUAUUUAGCCUCUUCGCUUUCUCUCCGUCAGUCUACCCUCGUCGCUUUCUGUCCCCCUGUCUACCCGCGUCGCUUUCUGUCCCUUUGUCUACCCGCGUCGUUUCGUCUCCUGUCGACCAUCCUCGCCCUUCUCCAUCUGUCUACCCUCUUCGAUUUAAACCGUUGCAACAUCGAAGAUGGAACACGCAAUGA